AUGCCGCAUCUAUCCCAACUUGCCUGCAGGAUGAGUGUGGACUCUGAGGCCGCCUUCCGUGCGGAUGCACUGCGAUUGGGAAUCUCCGCGGCUCAUGUGGAUGCUCUCGUCCAAAAAGGGGUUUCCACACAUGCACGGUUCGCUUUCAUCUCGUCUUUUCAGCCGGGCUCGGCUGAUGAAUCCCCGUUUGUGCAGGCCCUCAAGAACUAUCUUGGGUCGGAUCCGAAGGAUAGCAUGCCUUGCUUCCGGCAUCUUUUCUACACUUCGCACACGCUUGCUGUGCAAGAGUUGAAGGACAAGUUUGAGCCCCGCGAUGAACCAAAGCGGUUGUCCAUGGCGGAUCGUGUGGACCGCCUAGAGCGCUUGAAGCGUGAGCUUGUUGGUCUGUCGAUUGACAGUUGGAUUGAGCCCUCGCAUGCCUUGGUUGAUCGGGCUGUUGCGUUUGCAGAGGAGCAGUGCUUAGGACCGCUUGAGCUGAGCAAGUGCACGUCGAGGGAGUCCGAGAUGCGCUCUGAGAAACGCGAUCCGGUGACAUAUAGGAUUGAGGGCAUUGUCAAGGUGUCCAAAUCUCAGCAGGAGCCUGUCGCCGACACAUCUAGCGACCUGCAUGUCAGGCUGUGUAUGCAAAGGCGGGCUCUGGCAUUUCAGAUGGCUGGCAUUGCCACUUAUGUUGAGCUUGAUCGUGUCAUCUCGCGCUUCUUUGCCCACCUCCUGCGGCCUGUGCUCCAAGGCCAGCGUGCGGUGCAGUUGCAACAGGCUGUCGAGGCUGAUCGCCUACUGUGGACGCUUGUUGCUCAGGAUACCCGCGGCAAGAUACUCACUUCUGGCAAGCCGUUGCCGCUUGACGCCGCAGCCGUCCGGUUGUUCGACUCGCCGGAUGUUGCUUACACGCUUCUGCCGCGGUCCGGGUCUGGGGGGCCGCCCCCCGCAAAGCCUCCAGCGGGCGAAUCUGCUCAGGCAGCCUUGCGGGAGAAGCGCAAAAGGCGUGUGACCAGCAAGCGCAUGAAAAGUGCGGCCGUGGGCAGCACAUCUCCCCCUUCCGCGGCCCCUGCUUUGGAGUUUCUUGGUCCCUUGCCUUCGGUUCGGAUUGGUGAUGUGGCGUUGCGGUUGCCUGCAGGGCAUUCGCCCACGGAGUUUCCGCAACCGGAGGCCAUGGCCGCAACUUUUGCUGACCCUCCCACCCGGGAGGAAAUUUUGUCCAUUGUGCCGCAUCUUGAAUCCGAGGUUCCGGGACGGGGCGCUGCAGGCCCGGCCUCCCUGUCCUUCACAGUUGGUGCGUGGUCUAAGUCCGGUACUACCGGCAUCCGCUUGCGGACUCAUGCUUUUCCCAAUGUCACGCGCGCUCUGGUUCAGUUUGUUCGGGCCCAGGCGCCGACACACACUUUUGCAGCGGUGGCCAUUUUUCGUAACCUUCAGACAGAUUUACACAUUGAUGUUAACAACGAGCAUGCCUCGCAUAACCUGUUGUUGCCGUUGUCGCAAUUUUCCGGCGGUUCCGUUUGGCAAGAGCAGUCGGGGGGGGCCGUCCCCUUUGAGACACACACGGGCACCCUCUGGGGAGAGGCCCUCGACGUUGCUUCUGGCCCACAGCUGCUCGACCCCCUUCGCAGGCAUGCAACUUUGGCGUGGGAAGGCGAUCGCAUUUUGCUCGUCGCCUAUAGUCCUGCAGGUUGUGGUGUGUUGUCGAGUCUCUCAAUGCAGCUCCGCAGCUUUGGUUUCCCCUUGUGGCCGGUUGCUAGUGUCUUGCCGAGUGAGUUGUCGUUGGCUGGCGUCCAGGUGCCCCUUCCAGCUGCCACGCUCAGUCCUGUGGAUUUCACCUGUGCGCCUGAGGAAGCGCUCUGCGUGGAGAUCUUUUGUGGCCAGGCACGGCUGUCUGCGGCGUGCCGUGAGCUUGGCAUGUCUAUCCUGCCGAUUGAUAAAGUUCGCAAAAGUGCGGCUGUUCAGGUCGUCGCUCUUGAUCUCACGGAUCCCCAGGAUCAGCUGGCUUUCUUCGAACUUCUCAGCACAGCCAAUGUUUGUGUGGCCCACUUCGCCCCUGUGUGUGGCACGGCGUCGCGGGCACGCGAACGCCCGGCGCCGCCCGGCCUUCAGUUUGCGGCGCGUCCUUUGCGCUCCGGUGCACACCCGCUUGGCCUGCCUGGCUUGCGUGGCACUCAGGCCGCACGGGUUGAAGCGGCGAACGUGCUCUACGCCGUCACAUUGGCAGCCAUGUGGCUUCUCUGCUUGCGGGGCGCAUUGGUGAGCUGUGAGAACCCCACUCGUUCCCUUUUCUGGCGUGUGGCAGACAUCAUGGCUCAGGACUUGCCUGAUCCAAUGGCUUGGUUUGCGCUUGUGGACAAUGUUUUUGACUCGUGCAUGUAUGGCGGGGAGCGCCGGAAAGCCACAACAUUCCGUGCUUCGCCUGGCUUGUGCGAUGUGUUGCGGGCCCGCUGCGACUCCACACAUACUCAUGCAUCUUGGGAGCCGUACAAUGGUCCCUCUGGAGUUGUCUACCCAUCCGCACAGGAGGCUGCGUACCCACGGCUCUUGGCACAGGCCUUCGCGGCUGCGGCGCACGCAGCGCUUUUGCAGCUUGGGGUUCAGUUCGAGGCUUCCUCCAUUGGUGACGGUGUCAAGAAUCCUCGGCAUUUGCGUGAGUUUGCGAAGCGGCCCUUACCUCCGCUCUUGGCAGAGUAUUGGCUGGUCUGUCCUCCACAGUGUGUGCCGCCAGGCGCUGUGUGCAAACCGCUCCCACCGCAUGUUGUCUUUCCGAAAAGAGGGGAUGUUGUCAAGACUGUCAGCAGCAAGGAGGAAGUGGCAGCAUUGUUACCCUUCGCUGAGGAACCUGGGACAGUGGUGGCGCUCUUGGGGGGGAAUGCCACGCUAAAGGAACCUUUGGUUGGUGUUUAUCGCACUCCAAGUCAGACCGUGAAGGCCACGUCGGUGUUGCAGCAUCCUUUGCAGUUGGCUCUUCCUUUGCCUGACAAUAUGGUUGAGGCAGUCCUAAGGGUUCUUAGUUUAGGGCCUAGUGGUUUGGUUGACCUUCGCUUGAACGUGCUUCGGACUCUCCAAUCUAGACGGCGCGACUUGCAGCCUGAUGAGAACAAGCUCCAUGCGAGUAUGCAUCCAGAUUUGGCUAGGGUCCUUGAGGGCAAGUCGACGUUGCUGUGGGAACAGUUGCUGGCCGAAACCCAGUUUCCAGAUCCGGGACUCAUCGCAGAGGUUAGGCAGGGGUUCGAACUCGUAGGCCCAGCGACACCGUCUGGGGCGUUUCCAAAAGGGGUCAAGCCGGCGCAGCAAACUAUGCCGCAGCUGAAGAGUCAGUGCGUGUGGAGGCGCAAGGCCACGGUGGCGCGCUGUGGCCCGACUGGAGAUGGUCGCUCUGACCAUGAGCUGUGGAAGCAGACCCUUGAAGAGGUGGAUCAAGGCUGGAUAGCUGGCCCCUUUGAGGAUGAGUCUUCUGUCAGUAAGCAUCUGGGCACUAGCGAGUGGUUCUGCACUCGGAGAUUCCCGAUACUUCAGGGAGAAAAGGUGCGCAUCAUCGAUGAUUGCCUGCAGUCGGGUCUAAAUUCAGCCUACGCUGCCUUCAACAAGCUGAAGCUUAUGGGAGCGGAUCACUUCAUCUCCUUGGUGCUUUUGUUGAUCCGUGCAGCAGCGACUCCGGGGUCCCAAGUCAAGUUGGCUUCGGGCAAGGUCCUUGACGUGGUCCGCCAUCCGGGGUGGGGUACAGGUUUGGGCUUGCUGGGAAAAACGCUUGAUCUGGCAUCUGCAUAUAAGCAGCUUGGGUGUCGACCCGAAACAGCUUUCAAUCGUGUGCUUGUAGCCUGGGACCCUAUCCGGGAGAGGCCUGCUUACUUUGUGGGCACGGCCCUCAUGUUCGGGGCUACUGCUUCGGUCUUCUCCUUCAAUCGCUGCUCUGCUUCCCUUCAUCAUUUGGCAGUCACCUUGGGCGCCAUUUGUUGCACCGUCUACUUUGACGAUUUCCCCUGUGUGGAGCCAAGCCUGACCGCGGGAUCGUCUGAGGCCUUUCUGGUGGGGCUACUCGAGGUGCUUGGAUGGCGCGUAGCCUUGCAGCCCAAGAAGAAUGCUCCUUUCUCUCGCGUGUUCGACAUGCUGGGCGUUAGGGUUAACCUUGGUAGGGCCGAUCAAGGGUUGGUUGAGGUGCGUAAUAAGCCAGAAAGGUCUGAGGCUCUGAAGGCGGAGGUCAGCAGACUUUUGGAGCAAGGGUUCAUUCGGCGGAGUGAGGCUUCAGCGCUGCACGGCCGACUCAACUUUGCUCAGGGUCAACUGCAUGGCUGCCCUUUCAAGCCGGCGAUGGCUUUCUUGUCAAGGGUCUCAGUGGAAGGCUGGAAGGAGGAUAUGUGUACCGACAUGGCUUUGUCUUUGGCCUACGUUGCUGCCUGCCUUGAGUGUGAGGUCCCGCGGCUUGUGAAAGCAGUGGAUGAACGGCCGCCUGCUAGGGUCUUCACUGAUGGCUCAUGGGAAGGCCAGGAUGGCGGCUCGGGAGCAGUGCUCUUCCUCGGGCCUAGUGACAUGGGGUCUGUGGCAGAGGUACACAUACCUCCAGACUUGACCCACCUCUGGAGGGAGCAAGGGAGGUCCCAGCUCGUGUCCCAGUACGAGCUCUUCCCAAUCCUGGCGGUUCUCCAGCGGUGGGGCGCAAAGCUGGCUGGCCGCAAAGUUAUCUUUUUCAUAGAUAAUAAUGGUGUGCGUGACUCCUUGAUAAAGGGUUCCACUCAUGUGCCACACUCCUUUGCAAUGCUCGCCAUCAUUGCCAGUAUGUUGCGGGCGCUGGAUAUCACUCCCUGGUUCACCAGAGUUGCCUCCAAAGGCAAUCCCUCGGACGGCCCAUCGCGGCAUCAGGCAGCUGGAACAGCUCGCGAGCUUGGGGCCACUUUGGAGCGACCAUUGGUCGUGGAUGACUGGGUGGUCGGGGCACUCCUUUCGUCGCACUCGUUCUUGGGCAUUAUGGGGAAGUCUGUGGGAAAAGAGGGGGAUCUAGGGACUGGCACGUGA